AUGUCAAGUAGUCCACAUGAUUAUAUUCAAAAAGGAAUUCAAAAUGCUGAGAGAGCCACAGAAGAAGAUAAGGCUCAUAACUAUGAAGCUUCUAUAAAAAAUUAUAUGGCAGCAGCAGAAUGCUUAAUGCAUGCUGUAAAAUAUGGAGCAAUGAAUGAACAACUAAAACAAAACAUACGUGCCAAAGUGUCUAGUUAUAUAAAACGAGCAGAAGAAAUUAAAGCUACUUCGAAAAAUGGUGACGAAAAGAAAAAAGCGGUCACUGAUGGAGGAAAUCCAAAAGACAAUAAAGAUGAUGAUGAUGGCGAUGAUCCAGAUCGCAAACGAAUGAUGAGAAAAUUUGAAGGAGCUAUUGUCACUGAUCCACAAGUUUCAUUCAGUGAUGUCGUUGGCUUAGAACAAGCUAAAGAAGCAUUGAAAGAAGCUGUUAUUUUACCGGUCAAAUUUCCACAACUUUUUCAAGGUAAACGUAAGCCUUGGGCUGGAAUUCUACUUUAUGGACCUCCAGGUACUGGAAAAUCCUAUUUAGCUAAAGCUAUUGCUACUGAAUGUAAAAGUACAUUUAUUUCUGUGAGUUCUUCGGAUCUCUUAUCAAAAUGGCUUGGUGAGAGUGAAAAAGGCGUUAAAUGUUUAUUUGAAGUCUCUCGUGAGCGACAACCAUGCAUUGUAUUUAUUGAUGAGAUUGAUGCUUUAUGUGGCCAACGUAAUGAUACGGAAUCUGAAUCAUCACGUCGUGUAAAAACAGAAUUUCUUGUUCAAAUGCAAGGUGUUGGAACGGAUAAUGCAGGUGUUCUUGUACUUGCUGCCACAAAUAUUCCUUGGGCAUUGGAUACGGCUAUUCGAAGACGUUUUGAAAAACGAAUUUACAUUCCGUUACCUGGAGUAAAUGAGCGAGCAGCAAUGUUUAAAACUCAUUUGGGAACUAGUAGUUAUCACACAAUCAAAGAGCAUGAAUGGUUGCAAUUAGCACAUAAAUCAGACCAUUAUUCCGGUGCAGAUAUAGCUGUUGUUUGUCGUGAAGCUCUACUCAGACCAAUUCGUCGACUUGGUUCAGCAACACAUUUCAAAAGAGUACAAAAUCCAAGUCCGAAUGGCCCACGUUUACUUUGGCUUGCAUGUUCCCCAGGGGACACAGACGCUGUAGAAUUAAAAUUAGAUGGUAUCAAUUCAGAAGAAUUAUGCGAACCACCAGUGACGAUAUCCGAUAUGGUGGCUGCUCUAUCGACACAAAAACCAACAGUUGGUGAGUCUGACCUUUUGUUACAAAAAAAAUUUACAGAAGAAUUUGGUCAAGAAGGUUCUUAG